AUCUGGGUUACAAAUGGGCCCAUAUAGCCGUAUGAAUAAGCCCAGUAAGCUUUACAAGCCAUUUGAGCUCAGUUUGCUAAAUGGAAAUGUUGUUCUAACUCGGAGACGAAAAUUUUCUCUAAUGUAGUUGGUUUUGUGAGAGAGACGAUGGCUGGGAAGCUUCAGAAAUGGCGGAAUCUGUCAGGUCGUCUAGAUCUGAUGGCUCGGAGCGACGCUUUAUCGACGAAGCGGUUCCUGCACGAAGGUCCAGACACCAUGGAGGAGCUACUCGAUAGACACCUGGCGAAGAAAGAGAAACCAAAAAUCGACGACGAUGAGGCCGAGUUUCUGAACAGGCGGCGCCUGACGAGCACGCGCAGGGAGGCGCUGAGUUUGUACAGAGACAUAUUCCGCGCGACUCGGUUCUACAUGUGGACGGAUUCAAGGGGAAACCUGUGGAGAGACGUGCUGAGAGAGAACGCUAGGAAAGAGUUCGAGGCGGCGCGAUUUGAGACGGAUCCAGAGGUUAUCACGCGGCUGCUGAUCGGUGGAAGCGACGCGGUUUCGUCUGCUUUAGAUAAGCUCGCGGAGAAGCAAAGAGAGAUGAUUGAGCAAAAACGACGAAGCGAUCAAUUGUGAUUCGAGUGAUUAAAUGUACACGAAUGUUCAAGUUUUAAACUCAAAUGCCGACCGAAUUCUUGUCCCUUUCUUUUUUUGUUUUCUUUCUCGCCUCUAAUCAAGAUUUAUUUGUGUUUGUUGACAUGUAAAGGAUUGAACAGAUUUA